CACCCACUUUCCUGGCCAAGGCACUCAAGCGAUAAAAGUACACGUACAGUGGUUCCCGCACUCAAGCGAUAAAGUGUCUUCAGUGUCACCCAAAAGGCCCAAAUCACAGGAUGGCUGAUGCUAGUGAGAUCAAUCCAGCUCCUCCGACCACGGUGCUGCGGCCACCAUCGACGAGGCCGGCUCCUCCACCGCCGAUCUCUUGCCCGCCCCCCAGUUCACCCCAACCACAAUCCAUCCCAAUCCUAAUGUAGAGGCAUUAGCCUCUAGCAAAACCCCUAAAACACCGAGAACGCCGAGACUGUCUCUGACGCCGAGGUUCCUGACUCCUCUGGGAAGCCCCAUGAGGAUGGCGCUUCGCCUCACGAAGCUCGACCCGCAAGACGCUUGGCUUCCCAUAACUGAGUCGAGGAAUGGCAACGAAUACUAUGCUGCUUUUCACACUCUGUGCUCUGGGAUUGGCUUUCAAGCGCUGGUUCUCCCAGUGGCCUUCACUAUACUUGGCUGGACAUGGGGAAUAAUAGGCUUGACAUUGGCAUUCAUAUGGCAGCUCUACACACUGUGGUUGUUAGUCCAACUUCAUGAAUCCCCAGAAACCGGGAUGCGGUACAACAGAUACAUCCAGCUCUGCACUGCUGCUUUCGGUGAGAGGCUUGGGAAAUUGCUUGGCUUAUUUCCAACCAUGUACUUAUCAGGUGGCACUUGUGUGGCGCUGGUCAUGAUUGGUGGAUCCACGUCCAGGCUCUUCUACCAGAUAAUCUGCGGGACUGCCGCGUGUGCCAUAAAGACACCACUGACGACGGUGGAGUGGUACCUGGUCUUCACUUGCGGGGCGGUGGUGCUUUCGCAGCUGCCCAACUUGAACUCGAUCGCCGGAGUCUCUCUGAUCGGAGCGAUGACAGCCAUUGGGUACUGCACGUCCAUAUGGGCGGUGUCGGUGGCGGAGGGCAGGCUUCCAGGAGUGUCCUACGAUCCAGUCAAAACCGGGUCUCGUUUUCACCAUGUCAACAGCGUGCUUAAUGCGCUUGGGAUUAUUGCUUUUGCCUUCAGAGGCCACAACCUCGUACUUGAGAUUCAGGCAACCAUGCCAUCAAGUGAGAAGCUUCCUGCACACGUGCCAAUGUGGAAAGGAGUGAGGGUUUCGUAUACACUCAUCGCGAUAUGCUUGUUCCCACUAGCAAUUGGUGGUUACUGGGCUUAUGGCCACCUGAUACCUACAAACGGCGGGAUGCUCACCGCCCUUUACCAAUUCCAUUACCGUAACGUCUCGCGAUCUGUGCUGGGAAUGAUUAGCUUGUUCGUGAUAAUCAAUGCUCUGAGCUCGUUCCAAAUAUACGGUAUGCCCAUCUUCGACAACAUGGAGUCGAAGUACACGAGCAGGAAGAAGCGGCCGUGCCCAUGGUGGCUCCGGUCGCUGAUCCGGGCCAUGUUCGGAUUCGGUUUCUUCUUUGUGGCGGUGGCGAUCCCAUUUCUGGGGAGUUUGGCUGGGUUGAUUGGAGGGGUUGCGCUGCCCGUUACUUUGGCAUAUCCGUGCUUUAUGUGGUUGAAGAUGAAGAAACCGAAGAUAUACAGCUUAAUGUGGUGGCUCAACUGGGUCUUGGGAACCCUGGGGAUGUUGCUGAGCAUCUUGCUGAUCGAGGCCGGGGUUUACGUCGUGAUAGACACUGGCAUUGAAGCGAGCUUCUUCAAGCCUCACUAGAAAGCCUUAACAGUGCUCCGCUAUAGCUACAUUUAAGUGGGCAGGUACUGCGUUUCGCUGCUUUUUGUUCAAGAGGCCAACGUUGGGAAGGAAAAACCACAUUAGUGGUUGUAUUGGGUUUCUUUAGGACUGAAAAGUGAAUGGACUGAUUUUCAAGAUAAAGUUGUAAUGAACUAUCCCCAAUCCCCAUUCUAUUGGUCAA